GGGAGUACCGUCUCCAGUUCGCACACACACAGGCAGCGUCUGAAGAUUUUGACGGAAAUUUAAGAUUUUUCUUCGUUUUCUACACGAAAAGGAAAUGCGCAGAAGUGUGUUAGUAUGGAUGAUGGUGGCAGGGACGCUCGCCACGGCCCUCGCCCUCCCUCGUCCUUUGAGACCACCGCGAGGACUUCUGGCUGUGGCAGGAGUGUCCAAGACCAGCCCUGCCUGUGAUGUGUGCGGACAAGGCUCUGGCCACUUCCCGGGAGACGGCCACAACCACGGACACUUUCCAGGGGAUGGACACAACCACGGACACUUCCCUGGCGAUGGACACAACCACGGAGCAUCAGGGUCCUUUUCAGGAUCCGCGAGUGGCUCCUUCAGUGGUUCGGGAUCGGAUAGUGGUUCAGCGAGCGGAUCUUGGAGCGGUUCUGCAAGUGGAUCAGGAUCUGGCUCUGGUUCGGGGUCCUUCAGUAGUUCUUGGAGUGGCUCUGCAUCUGGAUUAUCUCGCCACAGAAGAUCAGGUGGUUUAGGAUCCUGGACUGGAGGCUCGACGUCGAAUAAGCCUGGAUCUGGCAACAAUGGAGGUUCCUGGAACAACUGGAUCUGGCAACAACGGAGGCUUCUGGAACAACGGCGGUUCUACUUCCAACAAACCCGGUUCCUAUCGCCCUGGGAGAUCGGUUCCACAGAGAAGAACCAGAGAAGCCGAAAAACUGAAAUCCAAAUUAUGUCCACUUUGCGCUCUGGGCAAUCUUGCAUCGGGAAGCGGUUCUGUCAGCGGUUCCUGGAGUGGUUCAGCAUCGGGAAGCGCCUCAGGAUCUGGGUCUGGUUCAGUUAG